AUUACACACUUAGUUGCUAAACCAAAAAUUUCUUUCCAGAAGAGCAUUUAAUUUCUCUUUGCAAUCAACACUGUUUUACUCAUCAUAUUUUCCAUCAAUAAUUUUUACCAUCAGUAAAUAAUGUGGCUUCUCAGUGAAAAAUAAAUUUCUAGUUGGCUGUUAAGGUGGAGAGUUGGCAAGAUGGAGCCCGCCGAGCCCGGAGAAGAAAUGUUGGAGUACAUAAACAGGCACAAGGACCAUCUUGGAAUGGUGAAUCUGCUUCUAAAAGACGUGAUGGGGAAUCUUGAAAAUCACAAUCGGUCCCUGGUCAAGUUGGUCAAGAACCAAAGAACGUUGGCCCAGCGCCUGUGGGAGGUGUGGAGGAACUCGCAAGCAGGAGUGACUCAGCAGGCGGGAGGGGAUGGUGUUCUCAACAGCAAUGGCAUACUAUGCUUCAGGGAGUACGGCGUUCAGUUGGACGAAGUCAAGGUGAACCACGUUGAAGAUGUGGGUGACUUGAAUGAAGAUACGUGUCACUUCAAUGAAGACGAGAUUCACUUCAACGAAGUCGACGAUCACAAGAAAGAAGCCCUGCCUCGCUUAAAUAAAACUAUGGGUCACUUCAAGGAAGUCACAGGUCUGUACAAAAAACGCUUGAAAAUUUUUAUCAAACACCUGCUCGAAUUAAACCAAGACAUGCACAAGUUAUACCAAUACACACGUAAUUACCAUGAACACAUGCGUCACUUCAAAGAACACACGCAUCAAUUCUUUGAAUUCUUGCGUGAUAUCACUGGCAAAGACAUGAGUCACAUUGACGAAGAAAUAUGCCACUUCGAUGAAGACCUAGGUCACUUUGAAGAAGACUUGCGUAAAAUCGAUGGAGACAUGUGCCAAUUUAACGAAGUCAUGAAAAUCUUGGAAAACCUGGUUCACUUUGAUAUAGCCAUGGGUCACUCUAAAGAAGACAUGGAUCACUUUGAAGAAGACAUGGGUCACUUCAAGUUUGUCAGGGGCCAAACAUGAGGCUUGUCACUCAAAUAGGGUACAGUGUUUAACAUACCUAUGAAAGGGUGGUAUUUUCUCUGUAAAGAUAGGUGUUUUGGUUGAAAACUAUUUUGGUGUGUGUGUGUGUAUAUUCCUUUUUUUAUAUUUUCAAUUUAAUGAAGCUUUAAUCAAAAUUAUAUAUCAAGGUAAAGUUCUGCAUGUAUUUUUAUUACUUUUUUCCAACUUAAUAAACUAUUUUCUGAUAUUAUACUUGUCAAAUUAUCACACAAA